AUCUGACUACGGUAUGAAGCUGCCAAUCUUGCGGUCCAACGCGGAAGAUCAGAUUCUGUACCAGACCGAGCGUUACAAUGAGGAAACCUUUGGCUAUGAAGUUCCCAUCAAAGAGGAGGGUGACUAUGUGCUGGUGUUGAAGUUUGCAGAGGUCUAUUUUGCACAGUCUCAACAGAAGGUAUUUGAUGUUCGCUUGAAUGGCCACGUGGUGGUGAAGGACUUGGACAUUUUUGACAGAGUUGGACACAGCACAGCUCAUGAUGAGAUCAUUCCCAUGAGUAUCAAAAAGGGGAAACUGAGUGUCCAGGGAGAGGUUUCCACGUUCACAGGGAAGCUCCACAUUGAGUUUGUAAAGGGCUACUAUGACAAUCCAAAAAUCUGUGCCCUAUACAUCCUGCAAGGAACAGUGGAAGAUGUUCCAAAGCUGCAGCCGCACCCGGGUCUGGAGAAAAAAGAGGAAGAUGAUGAUGAAGAUGAAUAUGAUGAUGGCUCCAGUGUUAAAAAACAGGCAAAUAAGAACCGGGUUCAGUCAGGCCCACGCACACCAAACCCCUAUGCCUCGGACAACAGCAGCCUCAUGUUUCCUAUAUUGGUGGCCUUUGGUGUCUUCAUUCCUACCCUCUUCUGCCUCUGCCGAUUGUGAGAGCAAGCCCCACAGAGCAUCAGCCAAGGGGCUGGGAGGGAAGGAGUUGGACCAAACACGGUUGCUUUCAAUUUCUCCAUAUUGUUCAUAAUUUAAGGAAAAAAAAAAAAAAGAAAAAAAAAGAUGUUUCAUUUGGAAUGAAUAGCAGGUCCAGGUAAGAGGGAGCUUACCUUCCCCCUGCCAGCAAGCAGCGAGGCCCUCGCCUUCCCCUUCGCACCAUGUGCAGCCUCCGAUCCUCCCUGGGGCACCCAAGAGUAAACUGAGUCCUGGCUGUCUGUGUAUUGGGCUGUUGGAAGCUGAUGCUAGCAGUCCUGGGCCAUGUCCCACACUGAGAGAAAGCCAUGUGCUGCAGGAUCUCUGCCUUUGCUGGGUGGAAUACGGUUCCUUAAGCAGGGAAGCGGCUCCUAAACCCAGGCCUGGGAACACGUUUUGUCUGGGAGCGUGGAAGUGUUGUGGUGCCGUUGGGUGACUAAUGACUAUGGAGGAUGGAGCCUGGCUCAGCAUCUCCCUGAAUGUGCGCAACACGAUGUAUGGUACUCGCCUGCAUAAAGAUACCAAGACUCCAACUAGCCACUCGGCCUCUGUGGAGACGUUCCCCUCCUAAGAGUGCAAGCUGUGCCAGGAGCAGAGGGAUUUAUCUGGCCUGAUUUGCUGCACCAGUUGGGAGAGACUUUCCUAGUUUGACAAUUGUAAUGUUAGAUCCAUUGCAGAGGGAUUCUGCUGUCAGAAUGUCAGCUCUUGCUGCCUGCAAGAGGCUGAUGUUGUUAGCGUCUGAUCAGAUGCACUUGUUUUCUGUAUUGAUUAUGGCUUUUGUUUCCUUUAAUAUCCUUUUCUUUUCAAAGGUUUAAUUUUAAGCCCAGUUCCUUGUUUUGCCCUUUCUAGCAAGUGACCUCUCCUUUGGAAGAAGCUGAGAAUCAGAUGACCUAGAGAGGAGGUUCUGGACUUGUUCCUUGGCCUUCUUAACAGUUAGCUCCCCUCCCUGCCCCCUGACUGUGACUGUGAACAACCUGUGCUGUAGGACAGAGCGGAGCAACCUUGCAGAUGCUCCCUGUGAGCUCUCAUUCCCUGUCGUAGGGACCAGGCCUGCCUGCAAAGCGGUGAGAAGUGCAGUGGACUUGGUUAGUGUUUUCAGUUAGCUCGGCCUUUUGCAACUCAAGGCACUGUGGUGAAGGGGCAGAUGUCCAACAUUUCAGUGCUGUAGAGCAAGGUGGUUUGUUGCCCUCCAGAGAUCUGGAAGAGAGCAGAAUACUGGAGACAAGGUCAUCCGCUUCCCCUGGGGAUAUUUCUGCAAGAGGCUUCUGUUUCCACAUGCAGAGCCUGUGCCUGCCUGACAGAGGCUGAGCAGAGCGAAAGCCCUCGCUGUGCCUGCUGAUCCAGAGCUGCGGGCCCUGAGGAGCUGCCUUCCCAUGGUCUUGGCCUCCGACACGUUGAGCACUUCUGGCUGGCGGGAAGGGGAUGUUCUGUCUGCCAGAGCAGGGUCUGGCCCAGGCAUGGCUGGGUCCUUGCGGGUCAGCUUUGAUCCUGGUGAGCUCUGGGCUCACAGAACACUUUACCUCAUGCUAUCUCUGUUCUCAGAAGUGCUCUCUCUUUACCUGGAGCAGCUGCAGUGAGCGGUGUCCUCCUUGCUGCUGCUCCUCCCUGUGCCUGCGUUUUCCUAGCGGUUCUUCUUGGGUUUGAUCCCCUGCAGUGGCUCAGCCUUUCUUUGAGCUGAGAAAGGUCAGCAGAAUUCCCUAGUUUCUGGAAAGGAAACCAGAGGAGCAGCCUUUCUUCUCUGCUGGGCGCAAGCGGCUGAAGCCCUCUCUUCCUCUUAACCCUCAAGCUGUGAUAUGAGCUGCCAGCUCAUGGGCUCCAGAAUGGGGAGCUGGGGGAGGUGUCAAAGCACUGCUCUGCACAGCAGUGGCACUGAACCUAGCCUUUCUGAUCACAUACAUCACUGCUAUAGGCCUGGCCCUAAUUCUGUGGCUGUGAGCUAAAAAGUAAGCAGUAGGACCUUAAUUACCUUCUCUCCCAUUGCACAAGUGGUAACAGCCAGUUUGGGAGAAGCAAGAGGGUCCCUGCCACACCGUAAGGAGAAGACAGGCUUUAGAGAGAGCAGAUCUUAAGAACAAACCUUAGGAUGAAAGGGCGGUAAGCUUGAAGUUGUCUGCUUCGUCUUCUAGCUGCUGUUAAAAUCCUAGUACUUAUAAAACUCUCAUAAAAUAUGAGCUCUGUUUUGUUUGAUGACGGUGCCUGCAGAGAUUCUCCAGCAUUUUGGGGAUUGCUCUAACUGGAGCACAGAGACAUUUAGAUCUUUAUCAGUUUUGAGAAGCAUGAACUGCGCUGAUUUGUUAAGCAAAGAACCUGGGCUUGAAAGCAAGCUUCUCUGUAAGGAGCUGUUCUCCUCCAGGCCUUUUAGGUUGCAUUUUAUUUGAGCAUCCUUGAAGCAAGGAAUCACUCAGCUUCUUGUGGCUCACCCAGUAAUCUCAGCACCUUGCCCAGCAUGAGAAAAGGGGAGUGCGUUUAGGUGUGCAAAAGUCGGAGACAAGUCUUCUAGAAUAGUUUAUCUCUGCCUCUCCUGGCAGCCAGGGCACCCAUUUGGUGCCAUCAGCUGCCCUAAGGCAAGGCUGUGCAGGGUGUGAUCUGUUGUGUUCCAGUUGCUCAGUGCAAAUGAAUUUGUCAUAUUUGAAUAAGAAUAGGAAGGAGGAAUAGUUCAUCCUUCAUGGUUUCAAUUUAGUUGUUUUGGCUCCUGGUUUUAUCAAUUUUUGUCACUACAAAGCUACUGUCUGGUUGGUUGGAGGGUUCCUGACCCCGUUAUGGUGCUAUGAGCAGUUUUCCUUGUUGGUCCAUCCCCUCCUGACAGGUUUGCUUUGGAAGAAGCCUUCAAACAAAGCGCGUGGGAACACAGGAGGAUGGUAGGGGGUGGGCAGUCAGCACCUUGCUGUGAAUGCCAUACUCAGGCUGGUUCCCCUUGUCAUCUCUGUCUGGCACCUGCGAGCCAGCCAGAUGGGUAUAAUGAGGUACCUGGUCCUGACCAGGGAAAGAAAAAGUUUGGGUUGGCUGUAGCUUUCCAGUAUGGGUGUUUGAGGGAAUAUCCAAGACAUUGUUUAAUUGAGACUGGUUAGAGACAAGCCUGUUUAUGCUUUGUUGCCUCCAGCCAGCAGCAGGCAGAUGAAGCGUGUGUCUCUGUGCAGCAUUGUGGGGAGCUGGGUCAGAACAGACCCUGGCUUGAUUCAUGGAGCAGUUGGGUAGAGAGGGGCAGAUAAGGCAAUUUUAAUAAAGCUUCCACUUAAUAAAGGGGAGGUGACACCAUUGAUCAUGUUUUGGGCCUGGAUCCAGCCUCAGGGUAGUGGUUCCAGAGCCUAUUUUAAUUACCCCCUCAUCAGCCCCUCCUUUCAUACCUUUAAGCCAGACCAUUUUCCCCUUCUGUGUGUGUGUGUGUGACUAAAACAACAGCUCUGACCCUUUUGAGUAUCCCAGGUGGCAGUGAGCAGAAAGCCAAAUGAAAUCCUGUCUCUUUUUGGUGCCUUUGUCUCAGGCUUUGAAUAAAAGUCUAUUUGAAGAAGCUUCUUUUUUUUUUUUAAGGAGCUUCUGAGUUGUUUUUCUUUUUCCCCAAGGGACAGGCAUUCCCUGCCCUUGUGAUCAGCUGGGGACUGUCUCACUGUCCCUGGAUGCCAGCUCCGGAGGUCACAGCUGAAGCAGAGAACUGCGAGCGAGUAUCUUUGGUUCCAGCCCUUGAGGUCAAUGGGAAAAAAGCCUAGCAGGGGAUAGAAGAACUGGAAGAGCUCCUUCAGGUCUGGUCUCCCCCAGAAAUCUCCCAAAGGCAGGAUGGAAAACUUCCAGACAGUCUGGUGCCUGCGUGUCUGUGCAGUUCAGAGCCGAGUGAGUCACAGCUGGGUCUUGGUAGUUGUAUGGUGCUUACAGCUUCUGGGUGCAGAAUGUGGCUUCGGGGGUCCUGCCCCCCAAACUCACUCGCCAAGGGCUUGCCCUGCACUGUUUGGGUCUGAACAGGGAGCAGAGACCCGUGCUUUGUCCCUUGGCCCUCCUUUAAGUCAAAAUGGGAUUGCAACAGCCAGGGAAAUGUCUUGGUAUGGGAAGUCUGGGCUGAACAGGCCUGUCUGAUGGAAAACAGCAGCAGGAGGGAAAGGACCAGCAGAGCAGCUUCAGCCCUUGAUGUGAGACAGAUUCUGAGCAGCUGCGAAGUACCAAGUGUUUCAGGCUCUGUUUGGUGCUCAAAUGUGGGAGAGAUCCGUCUGCUUCUUGCACUUAUGUGGCGGGGAGGGAAAUAUCCUUGCUGAGAAUCCAAGGGAAAUGGGAGCUGGGCCAGCACUGAGCUAAUUUACCUGCUGGCGCUUCUGCAUCUCCACAACAAAUGCCAAAGUCUAAUACAAUUGAAGGAUGCUUUUUUUUUAACAUCAGCCUGGUUCCACCAGUCUGUCUUCACUGGCUAGUCCCAAAUAGGCUCAAGACAGGUAUUCCCAACGGCACAAACGCAACACCGGGCUGGAGCUGUGAAGGCUCAGAGAUGUGGUUACACGAAUAGGCCUCCUGUGCUGCACCCCUGCUUCGCACACUGCCCAGCGGGGCUGGGGCAUGUGCGUUUCACCUUGGAUCCGAACAGAUUUGUCCCAGAAGUACAGUAGCAAUGGCAUUGAAAUGGUGCUGGGCUGGACGGGAGAGGUGAAAGCAGGUCCAUGUCUUCCGGGACUCUGGCUUGCUCAGAGUUUAUUGCUGUAUAUUAAAUACUAUUUUUGGAGAUUGGGGGGAAGAUGUGGGAGGGGGAGGGAUGUGACGGCGCUGUCCCCAGGCUGAUCAGUGGGACGCUACUGCAGGUUAUUGAUAGGUUUUGAUUUUUUUUUUUUCCCCAAAAAGUGCUUUAUUUAAAAAAAAAAAAAAAAGGAAAAAAUAAUCAGCAAAACAGAAAUGCUUUCCUCCCUCUUAGAAACAGUGCUGGCUGAUUAGAAAAUGUGAAUAAUCUUUUGCAAACAUCAAAGGUCUCUGCUAAAGAGUUUGUGUGAUGGAGAUUUCAAGGCAAGGGGCAAAGUACAGCUUGAACCAGUUUAACUGGGGACAGUGUGAAUCUAGGAAACGCAGGAUCUCUGCCCUGGAGUUGUUCCCAGUCACACGUAGUGGUGAUGUGCUUGCCUGUGCUACCAUGGCUGUUCUGUCACACUAUAACAGUUCCUGAGCUAGGGCGCUGGAGUGAAGCACUGUCUGGAAACUUGCUGGCAAGUAGGGGCUUGAAUUUUUCAUGGUUUCUACAGGGACUUCGUGUGUUCAGGGCUUUCCCACUCAAGAAGCAGCCAGGUUGGUAAAGCAGCCCCAGAGAACGUGAGGAUCCUGCAGAGGCAGGAUUUGUGCUUCGUGCCAGGAGGCAGCAGCCAGGACUGCGAGAUGCUGGGCAGGUGACAGUGAUGUUUGGGUCCCAUUGGCGUGGCAGCUUUUAGCAUUGGCAAAUGGUCCCACUGCUGCACAGUGCCCGGCUGCGUAGGCUGGGACAUGUGGAAGUGACCCGUGUUGUUGGCAUUAAGGACAUGUCACAAACUACUUGAAGCUGCAGGUCUAAGUUGUCUGUAAAGGCUAAACAGUGUGGGGAGGGAUCUCCAUCUGUAUUUGUCACCAGUGCAAAGGGUUUUUAAGGAGGAUUUUUGAUUUUACUGUCCAUUGCUUUGUUAUAACAACUUGCAGUGACAUUUUUUAGUUUGUUUUGCAGCAAGCUUGGGCCCUGGGUGAAAAGCACAGAUGUCUAUUUCUGAUUGCAUUGGCUUUGCAGGGACUAGUUUGGGGGAGAAGACGGGUGUGGGGGUGGGUUAUUUUAUUUUUGGUACAUGGUAGCGGUUUUAUUUUUUAAUUUCCCCAGGAUGUUUGGUUGAGGGAAUGUUCUGAAAUCUACUGUCUGGCAGUUUUAACCAGCAGUGUGUUAAAGGAAAAUAAACAAAAUUAUAUUG